AGUUAUUCUAGCUGAGCAAAGACCUCUUUGGUUGCAGACACAGCUCAGGUGGCUGUAACCCCUAAACUCAGUUGCUGUUUUCUGGAGAGAGGCUGCUGCUAAGAGGGAUGGCUUUCACAGAGCACACCCCACUAACCCCUCACCACCGGGACCUCUGCACGCGUUCUAUCUGGCUAGCACGGAAGAUCCGUUCAGACUUGAAUUCCCUCCUAGAGGCUUAUGUUGAAUAUCAGGGCCUGAACAAGAAUGUUGACCUGGAUUCUGUGGAUGGUGUACCAACGGCCAGCACCGACCAGUGGAGUGAGCUGACAGAAGCAGAACGACUCCAAGAAAAUCUCCAAGCUUAUCGCACCUUCCACACGCUCCUGACGGAAGUCCUGGAGGAUCAGAGGGUACAGUUCACCCCCACAGAGAGAGAUUUCCACCAGAACAUCCACAGGGUCCUGCUUCAAGUGUCUGCCUUUGCUUACGAGAUAGAGGAGUUGAUGGCGCUUCUGGGACAUCAGGCCCCAUCUCAAGAGACUGAUAGGAUACCAGGUGGGGGUGGCCCCCGAACCUUCUUGGAAAAGAAAUUGUGGGGCUUGAAGGUACUGCAGGAGCUCAUGCAGUGGACAGUAAGGUCCAUCCAUGACCUCCGGCGGAUCUCAUCUCCUGGCCAGAACAAGGACCCGGCCCGUGGGAGCCAACAACUUGCUGAGGCCCAGCAGAUGUAGCUUCUCCUUUUGCUGUUUUCCUCUCAUCUGUAGUGUAGCAUUCAUCACGUGGAAAAGAUGCAGUUCUCAUCUUCCUCAUCCUCUUGAUGACUUUUGUUUAUUUAAGACGAGCUGGAGACACUUGGAAGGAUGUCAUGCUGAAAAAUCCAUUCCGUUCCUGCCUUUCAGGAACCAUGAGCAAAGCUUGGCUCAGUGGGUGACCCUGACUCUGCAAUGCUUUCUCACAUAGUUUUCUUCACCACAUCACUAAAUUAAGAGAUCGUGGGGAUCUCCAGGCAAUCCAGAUAUCCAAGAUCAUCAGUCAUGACCCUUUGACUUACUCCACUAGUGUUUCCUCUUAUUUGCCUUUUCCCAUGAGACAGGAGACCCAGGUUAUGAAUGCAUAAUUACAUAUCUUGGGUCAGUUAAGAGAGUAUAGGUGAUUGUGCAACUUCUCAAUACAACCUAUUGACAAUGUAUAAGGACCUCAGGAUUUGGAGUAGCAAAGAAUCUUGGUUAUGACCUAGACCAAAGAAACGCCGGUCAUCAUUGCUAGGAGACAGAGGAAAGCUGCAGACACCUUUUGGCCUCUUUCAGGAAAGGACUUCCAAGUCUUCUGAUCCUACUCACUGGAGUGUUGGGAUAACAUAUUUCUAAUUUCUUAAUAAAGUGUCUCUUAUUUACAGUUAUUAAGCACUAGGUUAGGCCCAUACUAACCAUAUAACCUGAUCCUUUUUUUAGGUGAUCAAAUAAACUUAUGAACAAUACGAUUAAGAUGUUUUAAUAUGUGAUAGAUGGAUGGUAUG